GGUGCCAAACUGCGGCGCUGGCAAGUCUCCAGUCCACACUGUCUUAAACAUGUCUUUCAGCUGUUAUCACAUCGCAUGCCACCCCUGUAGGCCUGGGUCCUGCAGAAGCUACCCAUGUUUGCCUUCACCCAUCUCUUCCGUAUCCGUACGGCACGGGCAAAGAAAUAAAUAUCUCCCGUCCCCCUUCCCACGCCCCAACAUGGUAGUCCCGCCCAGGCGCAACCUAUCCGUCCCGUCUGUUGGAUAGGGAUCUGCUGUCGCGUCGCUCCCUGCCUCUUACGCCCAAGUCGCAAUGGGGAGUUCCGUGGUCCAGCGUGUGUUAUCUUUCGCCAUCUGCCUACGGGCAGCCCUCGGCUUAACGCCUCCCGUGCCUCUGCCACCGCCCGACGAGGUAAACCAGGUUGUUCUCGCUGCACUCGCCGAUCCCACCGACCCCGUUACCGGCAUUGCCUAUUUCGAGCAGUACAUCGACCACGAUCAUCCAGAAUCGGGCACGUUCAGCCAGACGUACUGGUACAAUGCCACUUUCUGGAAAGGGCCGGGAUCCCCCGUCGUGUUAUUUACCCCCGGCGAGGUCGCAGCCACGGGCUACCUGUCGUAUCUCAGCGACCAGGCUAUUACCGGCUUGAUCGCGAGAAAGGUCGGCGCCGCCGUAGUUAUGGUUGAGCAUCGGUACUGGGGAAAUAGCACCCCUUUCGAGGUCCAAACGACCAAGAACCUCCAGUUCCUGAAUCUGGACCAAUCGGUUGCCGACUUUGUUCACUUCGCCCGAACUGUUAAACUUCCCUUCGACGAGGACGGGACGUCAAACGCUCCUUCAGCGCCUUGGAUUUGGAGCGGAGGCUCCUAUUCGGGUGCGCUCGGUGCCUGGAUCGAGAGUCUUUCGCCCGGGACCUUCUGGGCGACCCAUUCCAGCAGCGGCCCCGUCGAGGCUAUCUUCGAUUACUGGCAGUAUUUCUACCCCAUCCAGCAAGGGAUGCCCAAGAACUGCUCCAGUGACUACAGCGCCAUCGUCGAGCACGUCGACAAAGUAUUCACCCACGGGUCUCGCGAAGAGAAGACAGCCCUGAAACAGCUGUUUGGGGUCCAGGAUCUCCUGCACUUAGACGACGCGGCUACCGCGAUAUCGUCCCCAAUCUGGGCAUGGCAGAGUAUCCAGUUCUACUCAGGGUACUCCGCAUUCUACCAAAUGUGCGAUGCCAUCGAGGGUGUUAUCCCCAAUUCGACUGUCCCAUCGGCCUUCAGCCCUGACGGGGUUGGCCUGAAACAGGCUCUCCCCAACUUUGCCAAAUGGUUCCGAGCCAACUACCUUCCCGGAUAUUGCGCUGCUUAUGGGUAUGACGAGUGGAAAGACGAGAAUAGCGUUGCCUGCUUCGACACCUACAACGCUACCAGCCCAAUGUUCACAGAUCAAUCUGAAGCAAAUCCAUUCUGGCGCACUUGGGUGUGGAUGACGUGUAACGACCCGUUUUUCUAUUACCAGACCGGGGCGCCCUUCAACCGACCGACGGUAUUCUCGCGCCUGGUAGACGCCAACUAUUACCAGCGCCAAUGCGAGUUGUUCUUCCCCCGCGAGGGCGAAUACACUUACGCCAGCGCUCUAGGGAAAACUGCUGCCGACCUCAAUGCUCAUACAAAGGGUUGGCGGUUGCCCGAAUCACUACAUGCCAACUCCCGACUACUGUGGGUUAACGGAGAGUUCGACCCUUGGCGGUCGGCCUCGGUAGAGAGCGAUUUCAGGCCGGGCGGCCCCCUGACUUCGGAAAACCCAGGAGCCCCCAGUAUCCUGAUCGCCGGCUCGCGGCAUUGCAAUGACCUCCGAGUGAGUAAUACGGUAAACCCAGCCAUCCAGAAGGCUCAGGACGAUAUUGUAGCACAAAUCGCGACAUGGACUCGUGAAUUCCGAAGCCCUCUUACACCGGAAAGACGUUUCAGGACAGCCAAGUAAAUAGUAGGGAGCAUGAGAUCAGGCUCUCCUAUGUCUAUAUAUAUAAUGUAGCCAAUCCUGUGCAAUAUUUCCUUAUGACAAGUCC